AUGGUUCUGAUAACGUCGGCAAAAGCAAGUGAAGCGGCUGCUUCGAGCUGUAAGCUGGUACUUGAAUCAGGCAAAUGUAUUGAUUACGUGGCUCCAGCUCAUGCUAACCUGUCACCAGAGAUACAGAGCGAGAGCAAUGACAUUGUUUCGGAUGAUUUUGCAGGAAGGAGGAAGAGCAGUUACGCCAGUGAUUCGAGUGACGACUGGGAGGGUGUAAAUGCAUUGUGUCAUGUUCUGGACAAUAUAAUACAAUAUGAAUCUGAUGAAAUAGUGGACGGUCAAAGCGUGCUUGAGGUGGGGUUCAGCACAGGUUUACCUUCAAUAUUUGCCCUUGCAAAUGGCGCGUCGCACGUUACGCUGCAUUGCCCGGACAAGGAGAUGCUUGAUUGCUUCAUAAAAGCUACAUUCAGUCGAAAUCAGGUAAAACUGUCUCAGAGGAAAUUUGUCACUGGUGAUUUAGAUAACCUGAAGAAAUCAACUAAACCAAAACAAUUCGAUGUCAUUUUGGCCCCAGAGUAUAUCAACGCAAACCAUACUGAAUUUGAGGCACUUCAUGACUUCUUAGACUACGCAUUGGCUCCGGACGGUAUUUGUUUGUUAACUGCACGAACAUUUUAUUUCAAUUGUGACGGUAACCUGCCCGAAUUUUUGUCUCUUAUAAAAAGUAAGGGAAAGUUCGACGUUUAUGUUCGAUGGUGCUCAUCAAAAUUAGACGUUGUACAAAGAAAAGUCGUCCAGUUGACAAGGAUAAUCCGAUAA